CCCUGCACCGGGGAAUUUCAGUGCAGAGAGGCACAGCGUAACCCACAGGCCUUCCAGAGGACUUCGGUCACUGCCCGGUGUCACUUGACUGUGCGACCAGGAAGUGCCGGUGAUUGCCGAUGGGGUAAUUGGUGGGAGCAUGGCUUCGGUUCUCACUUCUCAUCCGAGUGAAAUCACAGCCCCCGGGCCUGCCUCUCGACCCACCCAAACCAUGCCGCCGCUAACGGGGCCGCGGUCUCCGGACAAUCUCAAACAUGAGUCCGAGCACGAGCGGGGUCGCCGGCGCAGCGGAUCCGACGACAAGGACGUAGAGGGGCUUGAAUUGGAUGAUGCUGAUGAUAGGGAUGGCGACGAUGGAGCGCACUCCUCCAACUCGGAAGGCCCCGCGCGCAAGCGGAGGCGGAGCCGCAAGGGACUGGACAAGAAAUUUGAGUGUCCCGAGAAAGGCUGCGGAAAGAGCUACUCCAGGGCCGAGCACCUUUACCGCCAUCAGUUGAACCACAACCCGAAGCAAGUCUACAAGUGCGGGAUUGGCGACUGCCAGAGGACCUUUGUCCGACUGGACUUGUGUAACCGGCACAAGGAUCGCCACACAGCCAAGGGCUCGGCCUUGAGCCGCAAGGACUCGAUGAUGAGCCAGGCAUCCCCCGUGACGGACAACAGACAACCCUUCCCCCCGACCGGUUCCGCCUCUCCGGAAGUCAACCGACCGGGGACCGCUUACAACAAGGGCCGAUCCUUGUCUAUCCAGUAUCACUCCCCGAAGGACGCCAUGGGGAGCCCAUACACUCCGAUGACGAACACGCCUCCCACAAGCUACGCGAACGGAGCGCCAAACGGUGUCGAUUACAUGCAUCACGACCCGACUUACGGGCACAUGACCCAACGACCAGCCCACCAUUCGCCCCAAGAUCCGCGACGGCCAUCGAUCCAAACCAACGUCGGUCCUUACGGGGUGCUAUCCCCCAUCUCCACGCAACCCGGCUAUCACAGCCAGCCUCAUAACACGCCCCAGUCUGCCAACGCAAUGCCCUAUGUCCCACCACAAAACUUCCCCCCUUUCAGCCUCCCGCCGUCGGAUUUUGCUACGUCAUCGGCAGGGGCGGUCGCCCGCGACGACCAACAAGCAUACGCCCCGUCAACGUCCGGCGAAUACUCGGACCAGCCGCCUCAGGCGACCGGGGAAAUGAUGCUUCUAGAUCAAAUGGGCAUGCAACAGACCAUGCCGGUAUUCGGGAGCGAUAACAUUCUUAAUAAAUCACCCUAUGUCGCGAUUCCCGAGGACUUUGUGGCGUAUUUGUUCAAUACUCACGGCGAAGCAAGCUCGCCCAUGACGGGGGUUCCGAUGCAGGGAUACAACUACGGGGAGUUUUCGAACCAGUACAAUGUGCCCUACUAUAACGACCCGAACCAGCUAGGCUAUUUCCCUGCCUCCACUGGGCCGCAGCAGGUCAUGUCCGUGACGAAUCUCCUGGACCAGAACCUCCCCGAAUCGGUCAUUUCAGAGGAGAAGACGGCCGAGAUCUUCGAGUUCAUCAAGGAGAGGUUCCACGAAAACGGCCAUGCACCUGUUGAGCGACAGCGCGAGACCAUUAUCGAGGGUGACCGCAACGACGACACUCACAUGCUUAGUCGCAAGAUGAUGCAGGCUUAUAUCGGGUCGUACUGGUUGCACUUCAGUGAUCAGGUGCCGAUCCUACACAAGCCUACCUUCUCGCCCGAUAAGACGCCGAACCUGCUGCUAAUCGCCAUGAUGACCAUCGGUGCCGCGUGCUUAGACAAGGCCCACGGGCAGAAGGUUACAAAAGCCGGCGCUCAGCUUUCCAACUUCUUGGCGUGGCACCUUAGGUGGGAAAUGUUCCAGGACCCGAACUGCAGGCCGCCGGCGAAGUUGUGGGUGUUCCAGACGCUCUUGCUGCUGGAGUUGUACGAGAAGAUGUACUCGACCAGAGAGCUACACGAACGGGCCCACAUCCACCACGCGACGACGAUUACGCUGAUGCGCCGCGGGAGGGCGCUGAUCGGCAAAUCGGCCUUGGACUCGCCGCCCAACCCCCGGGACGACAAGACCAACGGGUCCCGGCAGUCGUCGACGUCAGGGGUCGCUCAUACGCCCGAGGAGUGGUGGAACCACUGGAUCACCAACGAGUCGACUCGGCGCGCGGCCUUCGCGGCGUUCGUCAUUGACUCGAUCCACGCAACCAUGUUUGGCCACUCGACCGUCAUGGUUGCCCACGAGAUGCGGCUUCCUUUGCCCUGCGACGACAAGCUGUGGAAAGCCACCAGCGGGCCCGAGGUGGCAAGGAUUGAUGCCAACCUGAAUUCGGUGGGCAACAAAGCCAUAUCGUUCCUCGAGGGGCUGAAGCGGACGCUGAGUAGCCAGGAGGUGCAGACCAACUCGUUCGGGCGCACGAUUCUCAUGGCCGGUCUUCUUAGCGUAAGCUGGCACAUGAACCAGCGGGACCUCCAGGUCAACUCGUUGGGAGGUGGAGUAUCGCAGGCGCUUGGCGGGCGCGACAAGUGGCGGGGGACGCUGACGAGAGCGUUUGACUCGUGGAAGAGCGACUUUGACAAGACGCUGUUCCGACGCGGCGACUCCUCGUCGGAUCCCUACAACUACGACGCGUCGAACCGCAACGAGGCCAACGUCGUGUUUGAGAGCCGGAUCGUGCUGCAUCACCUGGCGCACAUGGCGAUGCACGUCGAUAUCGUGGAUUGCCAGAUCUUUGCGCGGGCAAAGAGGCUACUCGGUCGGGCGAUCGGGCCCCAGGACCUCAACAGCGCGCAGCGGCGCAUGAAGGACAUCUGGGCGCCGUCCGCCAAGGCCCGCGACGCGACGUACUACGCCCUCAAGUUCCUACAGUCGGUCAUGCUUCCGGAUACGGUGGGCACGCCAGGGUCGUCCAACGGCGGCUUCCCCCAGGAGCCAUACUCGGCGAGGGACGACGUGCUCCUCAACCGGCCGUGGGUGCUCUACUUCGCGGCGCUAGUAGUGUGGUGUUACGGGUUUGCGCUCGAGGGCGCCAGCCCGACCAUCCCGAUGCCGGCGACGCAGCAGGACAAGGUCCGGCUCAUGCGCGACUAUCUCGCCAAGUACGGCAACGUGUCGUCGCCCGAGGAGCUCAAGUCGAUGAAGGGCAUCAGCCACAACACACCGGUGCUGAUGGUGCUCAAGGACGCGUUUGGCGACUCGCGGUGGGAGUUGUUGCACGAGGGUGCCACGCUUAUGAAUAACUGCAUCAAUCUUAACGCGGGACAGGGCGUUGUCUAAGCUUUCGAAUCCGCAGGUCGUCUUUAUGUAGAGACGGACUGCGGUUGUGCAAUAUUGGAAAUUAAGCCAAGGGUCGGCGGGAUUUGUUGACGUUAUUUACAAUUACAUCUUUCUCUGUAUGGGCAGGCAGCUAUGAUACGAAGUUUGGGGGAUAUUUGACACAAA